CCCGUGCCCGAGCCCGCCUGGCGGCGGCGGCGGCCCCACCCCUCACAAAACCAAAGCGGAGCGGCCAGCACCGCCAUGGCCUCCGGGCCGCUGCCCAGUUCCUUCCCGCCGCCGCUGGCCCCGCGGCCCCGCGCCCGCCGCCUCGCCACCCUGGGGCCGGCCAGACCUCCGCUCGGCGUGCGGGGCUCGUCGGUCAGCCCGACCAGCGCCCCGCCGCGCGCCUGGAGGAAGCACCGGAUGGAGGAAGAGCCGGAGGGGUGCCCCCCGGGCAAGAAGGUGGCGGCGGCGGCGGGGUGGCUGUGCUGCGCAGGGGCGACUCCCGGCCCGCCGGAAGCGCCCUGCGAGGAAAUGGAGCAGGUCGGGCCGGAGCAGCAAUGCGAAGCUGCACGUCGGAGGCUGCAGGAGAUCGAGGACAGGAUCACCGAGGAAGAGGAGGAGGAGGAGGAGGAAGGACUUGCAGGUCGGCCCGAGGGCCACCUGCCCAUCCUGGUCCUGUCCCACACGCUGCAAACCGGACUGAAGCAAGACUACGAAGGAAACUUGACCAAGAAAAUCAUUGAGUCCAUGAGCCGUCCAUCAAUGGAGCUGGUGCUUUGGAAGCCUCUCCCUGAAUUUCUCCCUGAAAAAGGAGGUCUGGUUUCUAUUAAGGGCUACAAGCCAUUGGUCACAGAAAGACGCCUUGGAAAGCUAGCAGCCCUGGAAGCUGCCUUUCCCUCACAGACAGACAAAUUCCUGACACAGUCUCAGCAAGCAGAAAUGCCCUUGGCCCAGUUCGGGGCAGGUGGAUCAAAUGGGCCUGCAGAAGAAGAGAUGGAGCUGUAGAAGAAGGGAACGAAGCAAGCUGCUUUAUCUUUACUUUCUGGACAAGCAGAGAUUGAAAGGUGCCGUUCUACAGGAAUCCCCAGGAGCUUAGUUAUAAAUCUAGGAUGUGGGGAAGGCACUUGGGGCUUCUGAAAAUAAGCUGGCUGGUUCUUUGUGUGCACCUUGUCAUCUUUUUACAGUGAGAUGCCAAACCUUAUGUCCCAUCCUUUAUGCCCACUAAACUGGAAGCCUUGUUUUCUUGGAGCACCAAUCUAGAAUUUGGGUUUUGGUUAAGAAAUCUGAUUGCUUGUGACAAAUACAGCAUUCAUUUCUGCUUCAGCCUUUCAGUUUGAGCCCCUGUAUUUCCCUUGUUCUAGCUAUUGGCAACAUAUGUCUGUUCAGGCAUGGGGAUACAGAUCCUUCUUCAACUCAAGAUCAGUUGGUGGCACUGACUUGCAGGCUCUAUUGCAUGGAGUGAUUUACAUUGGCAAAAGGCCUGUGUCCCGUGGUUCCUCUCUUGAGAAUCUCAGUGGGCACUAGUAGCACUGAGGGAAAUAGAUAUGGUUGUGGCAACCUAGCUGAGCACAGCUGUUGGUAGAUAAUACGCCAGUUAAACAUCAGACUGCCUAAGUUAUCAUAUUAUGCACUUUUUAGCUUCUUGUAUGGUCAAGGAGCCAAUUGGCAGCCUAGUGCUCUGAAAUUCUUACAGCACCACUGUAAAAUGAAGAUUAUUGCAGGAAUUUUUAUGUAUAGGAAAUAGUUUUUCUAGGAAAAUCUCAAGCUUUACACACUGCCUACAAGAAAGCCAGGAAAGGCAACCUCAGUUAAUUUUUUCCCCUGUGAAGGACAGUUGAAAGUAGCUUGUGCAUUUUUAGUUCUAUUUUCAAUUUUCUGCAGAUACUUUCUUGGUUCCAAAAUGUAUUAGCCUUCAUAGCUAAUAAUCAUUUUUAAACUUAACGUGGGGCAGAUCUCAGCAAGUCUAUUCUGAUGUUUACAACUCAAUUCUUUAUAUUGCUAUUUCAUGAAAUUGCCUCUGCUUUUAAGUAACCUUUUCAUUUAGCAAAAGCCUUUGUGCCUCUCUUCUGUUUGUUGAGUAGCAAGCCCAUGUCACACUAAAAGCUUGUAAUCUUAGAGGAGCCAGAUAGCCCUUCUGUGUACUGAGAUCAGAAACCAGCUCUCACAGGGAGAGCACAAGUGCUAAGCAAUCACAGGGUGGGAAUUGGCUUUGCCUACAUCUUGUAAAACCAAGGAAUCUAUCUGCCUUUAUCAGAGCUGUUCAUGUUAAUGUUGGUUAGAUUUUGCUCUGGUGUAAGGAAAAAAGGACAUCCGUUCCUUCAACUGCACAUAAAGUAACAUCCCCAAUUGUUGGAUUGGCCUUGAAAUUACCCACCUCA